AUGGAUUGCGAUGAGAUGUGCCCGUCACUCAAUGACACCUAUUCUUUAGCCGAUAACACACCAUUCGACACGGGCUGCUUCGAAUGCCACAUAUGUUUCGAGCUAGCCCAUGAACCGAUCGUGACCCUUUGUGGGCACCUCUAUUGUUGGCCUUGCCUCUACCAAUGGCUCCAUCUCCAUUCUCACUCUCACGAGUGUCCCGUGUGCAAGGCCAUCGUGCAAGAAGAGAAUUUAGUUCCCAUUUUCGGCCGGGGCAAAUCGAGCCGCGAUCCGAGACCCACAUCCUACCCGGGAGUCACUAUCCCGAGCAGGCCAAUGGGGCAGAGGCCUCAAACCGCGCCACGUAUGGAUAGGAAUAGUUUUGCCCUAUCGAAUGACAUGGACCCAAUCUCGGGACUUAUGCCGAUGGCGGCUGUACAAUUUGGUCACACAACCCUCUCGACUAUUUUCAGUGCCCUACCGACUAUUUUUAACCUUCAUCAGGUGAAUGGUGCUUUUCACGACGCUAAUUUUUACGGCUCGAGUUCAGGGGCGCCAUAUGUGUUCUCGAGUACAUUUCAUGGAGGUUUCAAGCUAAACAUAACCUCCUUCAGCAGUAGCAGUCCCACUUGGGUUCAUGAGCUCAUAGAUUCAGAAGGGACGAACUGGAACAAGGAGCUAGUGAUCAGCACAUUCUCCAAGCAAGAAAUUCUGCCGCAUCUCGGCUCGUUCGAACCUCUGCGUGCCGGAGGCGAGAAUAUUGCGGCACCGGAAGCCGUCCACCGUCCGUUGCUCCGCCGGAGAAGUUGCCCCGUGUCCUCCGCCACGGUCGACUCGUCCGAGUUCGACGCGAAGGUUUUCCGUCACAACUUGACGAGGAGCAAGAACUACAAUCGGAAAGGGUUUGGGCACAAGAAGGAGACUCUUGAGCAGAUGAGCCAGGAGUAUACGAGUAUGUCUAGCUGA